AUGGGUCAGGCAAAUUAUCCAAAAGGUGUAGUUAUGGCCAAUGGAAAUCCAGAAUGGACUAAAGCCGUUGGCAGUGGCCUUCCCGCUGUAGACAGUAGCAAUCCUUAUGGUUGGGCCGACGAUGUGAUUGCAUGUCCUGGCCCAAAGCAAUGGGGUCUUACAUACGAUGACGGACCUAGUCCCGAAACCCCAAAAGUACUCGAUGCUCUUAAAAGUCAUGAUAUCAAAGCCACCUUCUUUGUCGUUGGUGCUCAAGUUCAAGCCUAUCCUGAUAUUUUAAAGAAAGCAUACCAAGAGGGUCACCAAAUUGCCUUACACACAUGGUCCCAUAAAUCACUUCCUGAAAUCGAUCUGGAUAGUGCCAUUGCUGAGGUUGUUUACAAUGCUAUGAUUGUCAAGGAUACAAUCGGUGUUACACCCAAGUUCAUUCGUGUGCCAUAUGGCAAGAUCAACGCGCCGAUCCGUAAGAUGCUCCAUAACCUUGGUCUUACUAUUGUUGCAUGGAAUCUGGACACCAAGGAUUGGAGAGACACUGCUCCUAUAGUCGGUCUUAUUAAAGAAAGAGCCGACAAUGGUGAUUCUGGUGUAGUUUCUUUGCAGCACGAUAUUGACGCAAAAGUCAUUGAGCAUAUUCCUAAAUCUAUCGAGGUGAUUGUAAAUGGCAAGGCAGGAUAUAAGGCUAUGCCAGUCUCUACAUGUCUUGGACAAAAGGCAUACGACGAAGGUUUCUGGACUCGUCUUGGUGCUGCUCCACCAAGUGGAUCGGCUGCCUCUAGUCCUGCUGAAGCACCAGCUUCCGCUCCUGCCACAUCUGCUGCUACUGUCACAUCUGCUGCUCCUGCACCAGAUUCUGCUGCUACUAAAGCCGCUACUGCUACUGCUCAAGCUAGUGGUACAGCUACUGCUCACUCAUCCGCCGAAAGUACUCAGAAGUCCACUUAUGAUGCUGAAGCUUCACCAAUAUCAUCAUCUGCAUAUUCCAUAGCCACUUCGACUGGUAUAUGCGUUGCGGCUGCUUUAACCAUCAUCUCGUCUGUUUUCUAA